CACACACACCGCUGCUCUUAUAAUGAGCUGAAGUAAUCACAGCGAUGCUCAACAUCCAGCUUUAAUCGACUGUUGGUGAAUGGAAAUCAUUCUGUCGGGAGAAGCGUUUGAUUGGGUCAGCAGCUCCUCUGCACAUGCACAGAGUGUUGCCAAAGCCAAGUACCAGUUUCUCUUCGGAAAGACAGAAGACACAAGCUCAGCAGAUAGCGUCGCCCCUCCGACCCAAGAGAAACAGGGAAGCGGCUCAGGUCUUGAGUCCGCUCUUGAUGACGAUGACAUUGAUGAGACGUCCCUCUUCCAGGAAAUUGACAGGGAGCUGUCAAACCUGUUGAGUGGCCUGACCGCUCGGAGUCAGCAUGCUGCGUCCGGACAGGACUCGAUGUCAGGAAACGCCACCGCCGCCUCACCCAUGAUCCCUUGCAACGGGCAAGACGAAACCCCGCUGUCUCAGCUGGAUAUGGCCAAGCAGGGCCUGGACGUUCAGAACGGCCAGUCCGAGUUAGCAGGAGACUCCCUGCUGUUUGAUUCGUGGUGCGAGGCGCUCAUAAAGGACCCCAGCUCAGUUAUGGCGGCCGCAAACGAGCUGAGCUGCUUCAGCUCUGGGCCCAGUCGAGACCCCAGGAAUGCACUGGCCUGCCAAAAUAAACCUGACGCCAGCCCGACUCCAGCUGCAGCACAUGGGGAGCAGCCCUCAGAGGUGCCCUCCCAAGAAAACGCUGGAAAGGAGAUGGAGGGCAAGAGGGCCGGGUCACCCUUGCCCAGUAGGACAGACGACGACCCCUCGGCAGAACUGGUGGAUGGGUCUCUAGAGGAAUCCAAUAAAAUUCUGGCCGAGAUCCCGGGCAUCUUCAGUGGCUUUCUGGAGGGGGGCAAACUGCGGGACAAGCCGCCGAAGAAGCUGCGGUUUGUGGAGAGCAGGGAGAGCCUUGUGAACGGAGAGAUGCAGAACGGUACGUACCAGAGCUGCAGCGUGAAAGAGGAAGUGACUCUGGACGCGCAGCAUACAGAAGCCACAGGAGUGCCACAGGGGCGCGUGCUGAGACCCGAUCACAAUCCAGCAGAGAACGGCUCAGACAGGUGUUCUGCAGGUGAGAGUGACGCCACAGAUGUCUUCAGCUGCCAGUUUGAGAUCAUCCUGGAGUCGGAGCGUCUGCGGGGGACUCUCUACAGUAGCAUGGACUCGCUGUCCAACCCUGCACCUGAACCCAGCUCUCACAGCGCUCCAGGAGCCUCGUUUGCCUUCGACAUCCCCCUCACUCCCAUGAUUCAGCAGCGACUCAAGGACAGAAGUCUGUUCCUGAGCUCGGAUGCUGAGGUGCUGAGCGUCGCCGCCACGAAGGAGAGCGUCAGGGCAGCUCUGGAGGUGACCUCUUCGUUUCUCUCAGCGGGCCGCGAGGACGCAGGAAACGGUUUAAACGACAAAGACCCCAGAGACUGGCUGCAGGGCUGUUUCAGGUGGAGUCCUUAACCGUGGGAAUGUUU